GUCAGCUAGUCAGUCAGCCAGUCAGUCAGUGCGUCCGCCGCCCACUGCCGACUGUCUCUCUGCCUACAUGCACGGACUCGGGGUGCACACAAGGAGCAGAACCGGCUCUGGCAUUUCUUUUUCGGAGUGAGUCAACAUCUGGAUUACGAAACCAUUUUUAUUUUUCCUAUUUGUUAUCCGCGUUUUCUUUUAUUUUUCCGACUUCUGGGCUUGAGAAACAACCUGCCAUCAUGUCUCGGGCUCCGGAUGAUGUUAGCAAGCUUACUGAAAGUACAUACAAGAAUGUGAUGGAGCAGUUCAACCCGGGCCUGAGGAACCUGGUCAACCUUGGGAAGAGCUAUGAAAAAUCAGUCACAGCGAUGACUCUUGCCGGGAAGGCCUAUUUUGAAGCUGUCUCAAAGGUCGGGGAGAAUGCUAUUGUGUCUCCGGUCUCCAGAGAACUUGGUGUGGUUUUGAUGGAGAUCUCAGAGGCACACAGGAGGGUCUACAAUGAACUGGAAGAGAAUUUCAAGAGGUUCCACAGGGAUAUUAUUAUUGAGCUGGAGAAGAAGACGGAGAUGGAUGUUAAAUACAUGAAUGCCACCUACAAGCGCUAUCAGUCAGAGCACAAGCUGAAGCAGGACUCCCUGGAGCGCUCUCAGACAGACCUGAAGAAGCUCAGGAGGAAAAGCCAGGGAAAGCACUCAUCCAAGUAUGAGAUCAAAGAGAACGAGUACGUGGAGACCAUCUCGUCACGCCAGGUGGACAUGCAGAAGUUCAUCGCUGAUGGCUGCAGAGAGGCCUUACUGGAAGAAAAGAGACGCUUCUGUUUCCUAGCGGAUAAACACUGCAUGUUCUCCUAUCAAACCAGCAACUUCCACGAGAAGGCCAAAGAGAUGCUGUCCGUGAAGCUCCCCAGCUGGCAGGAUAAGUGCAGCGAAAUCACCAAGGUGCCAGACACAGUGACGACCAUGAUAGAGGAGCUGACCACCCCUCCAAAACCAUCGCCGCUGGUUGAACGCUACAACAGGAACAACGUAGAGUCAGGGGCGCCUCCUCCAGCACCGCCACUGAAAGCACAGACCAGUCCGCUAGCCAACAUGUUUGACCCAGAGACCCGGUUUUCGCUAACCCCCCCUUCAGACCACAACUCAGACCAGGACAGCAUUGGAGAGGUCAGUCUGUCCCAGUCGACAUCCCUGUCUUCCGGUCUCAAUGUGGGCAGGAAGCCCCAAGUUAGAACCAUCUUUCCCCACACGGCGGGCAACAACCACACACUCCUUAGCUUCGACGACGGCGACAUCAUUACGCUGCUUCUCCAAGAAGAGAAGGAUGGCUGGCUGUACGGAGAGCUGGAGAAGACACAGCAGCGGGGCUGGUUUCCCUCCUCCUACUGCAGACCCUAUACUGAGACAAUGAUAUCAAAUAGCAGCAAUCUUGGCACACUGGCGCAUAGUCUGAGUGUGGCCAGUCUGCCAGAGCAAGAUGAAGAGGAGCCAGUUUUGCUGCCACCACCAGACUAUAGUGACUACGCCAUCUCCAGUUCAGCGGUCCCCUCGACGCCAUCGCCACAGAACACGAAGGAUUCUUUAGCCAAUGGGUCUGCAAAGGCUCCCUUUCUAGGAGGAGGGAAUCCGUUUGCAACAGUCAAGCUGAGACCAACGGUCACGAAUGACAGAUCAGCACCAAUUCUCUAACAAAGGAGAAGGAUUUGCACCGCCGCCAUGCCUUUAGGGACUCAUGGCAACAUGGGACCCCCGCAACACACUGAGUAUCCCCCCGACCUGACAUCUCCACCAGCCUGCAUGCUAGUCUCUCUCAUUACCAGUCUGCUCUGUUAAGGGGAUCCAUUUCUGUUUCAGUGUGCUUGACUGUGCCAGUGUGUAUUUUACAUUAGCCACAACAGGGAUGCAAUGCAUAAUCAGCACAUAGAGAAGCAGGAUUUCUGAAAGGUUUUGUAGUACAAAGAAAACAUUUUGUAAUGAAGUAAUUAUUCACCCCUAAAUGACAAUUUAAACUUAGUCUAAUUACCAACUCACUGUUAGUUGUAAUCAAAUUGACUAAGAAAUUAUGUUUCCUGUUGCUGCGUCACAAUAAAAGCCACCCUGUGUUACAGUUGAAAUGUAAAGUAGUGGCAGUUUGCACUUAUUUUAACCUAAAAAGCUCUGAUAUCAAUGAGAUACAACUGCACCGGGUACAUGCAUGCAUUGUUUCCUGUAAAGGACAUAUUGAAAACCAGAAAAUACUUUUUGUCUCAGCCUUGUCCUAAAGUUCUGGAAGGAAGUUGAAAUUGAAAUUGAAAAUGCAAGUUUAAAAAACAGAACCAGUUUAGUUUCUUCAACUUUCCAGUUUCUCCAAACCUCUCAGAAAUUUACGGGACAUUUUAUGCUUUUAUCUGAAGAUGUUCAGUAUUUUAAAAGGAGGCUGGGAUAAAGCUGUUGGGGUGUACAAAUACCAAUGCAGUUUCUACUGACAUGCUAACAAGGAGAUACAACCUGAUUAUUCAUUUUGGGGUUAAAUGUCCAUUUAAGAUGCAAAAGAGAGGGGUCUUUUAAGGCUUUUUUGUUCUGCAGUCGGUGCCGUGUAGUAAGACAGAAGGAACAGAUCCAGAUGUAAUUGAUAUUGAAAAUGACAAAGAAGACCAGCACUGAGGCUGUCUACCUGACUUGCAAAAAAAAAGAAGAAGUUGUUUCUUGUUUUUAUUAUAAUUAUUCAUUUUGUCUUUCUUUUAUCAAGAGGAAUUAUGAUGUACAAAGGUUGUGAGAAUGAAGGGAGAGUGAUGUGUUGGGGAAAAGUUUGUCAUUUGAGUGAAGGCAAAACAGUAUGUCACUGUUUAUAAUAGGAAGGCUAUUUAAAUAUACUUAAGUUUGUAUGUGAUAUUUA